UGUUGAUGUUGUAUACACGUGGUUUGGAGUUGUGUCACAUUUUCCUUUCCCAUAACAUUUAGUUACAAUACAUGAUUACCUAGUCAUGGGCAAACGCAAAUUUAAGAAAACAGUGGCUGGAACAGCAGUUGCGAGAAAGAAAACAGAAGUUAAUUCAAAAGAAAAUGCCACAAAGAAGACUGCUGCAAAAUACAAAAUCGACCAACUGUUAGAUAAGGCCCAGGAUUGUAUAGACAGAUUUGAAUAUGAAGUAGCACAGAAAUUUUGUCAACGAGCUCUGGAGUUGGAGCCAGACAAUGUACGAGUCUUAGAAACAACAGGGACUCUUCUCUUGGAGCUUGGAAACCCAGAAUCUGCCAGACAGUGUUUUGGGCGGGCAGUAGAAGUAAGUCCGGACACAGGUUACUCUAAGUACAUGUACUUAGGGCAGCUGUUUGAAGGAGCUCAGGCUGUUCAGUGCUUCCAGAAGGGGAUAGAGCUGAUGGUGGCUGAGAAAGAGGCCAAGGAAGCUCUGGAGGUAGCGGCUGCAUGUGCAUCUGGAGACGGGAGGACGAUCUCAGAACGAGACAUCUCUAGUGCCUACUGUUCCAUAGCAGAGAUUUAUAUGACGGAUUCGUGUUUUGAAGAGAAUGCCGAAGAACUGUGUAAAACAGCUGUGGAGAAAGCCAUAGAAGCAGAUGGAGAAAACCCUGAGGCGUAUCAGCUCAUGGCCAGUUUACAGUUGUCACAACAACAAACACAGCUUGCCAAAGAAAAUAUCAACAAAAGUGUGUCGUUAUGGUUACCAAAGUAUCGCUGUUCCCAGAAUGCAGAGGAGCCAUCGGAACAGAUUGAUCCACUUCAGAUGUGCCCUUUGACAUUUGAAACAAGAAUGGCAGCUUCAAAGAUUUUGAUAGAAGUUGAAGAGUUUGAGACUGCUUCAGAAAUUUUGGAAGGUUUACUGGACGAAAAUGAUGAGGAGACAGAAGUUUGGUAUCUGCUGGGUUGGUUGAACUACCUGCAGGGGGAAGAAUAUAGGGGUAACGCAAGGUACUACCUGAGGAAGGCAGCACAGGUGUACAAGAAGACAAAAUGUGAAGACAAACCAUUGUUGAAGCACACAGAGGAGCUGCUGGUAGAAUUAGGACCUGGUGAGGAGGAAGAAAAUGAGGAUGAUGGGGAUUGUGUUGAUAACAGUGUUGAGGAUAACAUGGAGGAUGAGGAGAACUGGGAAACAGAUUCUGAGGAUGAAGAGAGAAUGGAUCAUUAGGCAGAUAUGGUUGUGGGCUUGCCCCGGGCUCUGCCUGGUUUCCUACCACCAUAAUGCUGGCCGCCAUCGUAUGGGUGAAAUAUUCUGAGUACAGCGUAAAACACCAAUCAAAUCAAAUGAGAUCAAAUUAGUCAGAUAAGGAGGAUGGGUUGAUAAGAGUGGCGAGGAUGAGGAGAAUUGGGAGACAAACUCUGAGGAUGAAGAGAGGAUGGAUCAUUAAGCAGAUAAGGAGGAUGGGUUGAUAAGAAAGGCGAG